CGCGCACUCAGACCCUUAUAGUUCAGUAGCCCGCAAAGAGUAACAAAAAAUAUAAACGUGCAGUUGCGGCCGCAAAAUUACACAAAAUUAAUAAAUAAAAGAAAUACGAAAAAACAAAAAAUACGGUUGAGUUUCCCAAAGAGCAUCUUAUAGUGGAGGAAAAAAAGCUCAGCAAAAACUAGAAAUAUACAAAAGCAACAGCAAUAAUUUCAGCGCCGACGGCAACGCAAGCAAAGACAACAGACAGAAAUCAGCUGUUCGAAUCUAAAUAAUAUUUUUUUUACAUAAACAACGAUAAAAACCGAUACCGAUUUGGCCGGACGGACACUCAUACAUAUAUACAUAUACGUAAGGCAAAGGCAGCCCAUGUAGUGCUCGUGCUGCUACAUAAAAAGUUUUGUCAAUUGUCAAAUUCAAAUUUGCCACUAAAUUGCAAAUUUGAAUAACCAUCAAGCUAACGAACACAGGACCCACAAGUCUAUUGCAAUUUUCUACUUUACCCAACAACUACUCAACAAAUAAAAUUCAAUUCAAAUCGAACGAUAACCGGCCAAAGGUGCAGCAUCAUCCCUGUAAUGGCUCUACUCCGUUCCCUGAGCGCUCAACGUACAACAAUUAACUUGGUCUAUAGUCGCAACACCAGCACUAACGGCGGUACAGCGGCAGCAGCCGCUGUAGCCAACGGCAACGGACUUCGUCGUGCUCAGGCCCUACAUACAACUAAUAACAAUAAUAACAGCAAGAACAAUAACACCAAUGCCAACAGUGACGGAUAUGCAGCGACUGAUUCGGAAACUGCCAAUAUUCUGAGCACUUUACGUCAGGUGUUGCAGAAGCAACAUCAACAAUUGCAGUGGCAGAAUCUUGUGCUGAGCAGCGUUGUAGCCGGCAAUGCUGGAAUUGGUGGGGGCGGCGGCGGUGGUGGCGGCUUCUAUAGCCACUCAACCACACGCUCACUGCACUCGGCUGCACGCAACCAGCAGGCUCAGGUUGCGCCAGCCGAGAUCGCUGUUGAUGAUGAGGCCAAGCAACGCAAACGGGAAGCAUUGAAGCCGGUCGAACCGAAGCCAGCGGGCACGCCCCAACGCGACCCCCUUGAUGUUAGUUUCAACGAUCCGCUUGCUGCAUUCAAGAGCAAAACAACGUGGGAGCUGGUGCGCGCCUAUGUCGUUUACAUGAUCUGUUCCAGCGAAAAGUUGGUCGAGCACAACAUGAAGCUUAUGAAAGUUGCCCGCACACUGCUGGGCGGCCGACUCUUCGAGCUGCUAAUGAAGUCGAGCUUCUACGGACACUUCGUGGCUGGCGAGAAUCGUCACACUAUUGUGCCCACGCUGGAAAGAUUGCGAUCGUUUGGUGUAAAGCCAAUUCUUGACUAUUCCGUUGAAGAGGAUAUCUCACAGGAGGAGGCGGAGAAGCGUGAAGUCGAAUCUUCAGUUUCGAGUGCUGGCGAUGUUAAAGAUGACGGCACCAUGCCGCAGUAUCAUGUCGAUAAGUCCUUUGCCGAUCGACGCUACAAGGUUAGCAGCGCUCGCACCUACUUCUAUCUGAAUGAGGCUACCUGUGAGCGCAACAUGGAGACCUUCAUAAAAUGCCUCGAGGCGGUUUCGGUUGACGAUGCUAAAGUGCCCCGUGCCGUGGCCUUGGGUGCUACAUUCGGCACGGGCAUUACGGCCAUUAAACUGACUGCUCUGGGCCGUCCACAGCUGCUGCUUCAACUCUCUGAGGUUAUUAUGCGCACACGUAAAUAUAUGGAGGAUCUUGUUGGCGGUCAAGGCAAUGUGCUCACCCAUCACAAGACCAUCAAAGAUCUCGAGAAGUAUUAUGCUAGCGUUGGCGACAACAAGGACGUGCAGGAAUUCUUGAAGAAUGUGACUUCUGACAAGGAGGGCAUAUUGCAUCUGUUUCCCUGGUCGGGCAUUGUGGACGAGAACUCUCAAUUGAGCGAUACUUUCCGUGUGCCCGAUCCACAGACGGGUCAAAUGCGUCGACUGAUCUCACAGAUACCGCCCAAAGAAGAGGAGAUGUUUAGGAACAUGAUUCGUCGCCUAAACACAAUUGUAAAGACUGCUGCAGAGCUGGAUGUACGCAUUAUGAUCGAUGCUGAACAGACAUACUUUCAGCCUGCUAUCUCACGCAUUACGCUCGAAAUGAUGCGUAAAUAUAACAAAGAGAAGGCCAUCGUUUUCAAUACCUACCAGUGCUACUUGCGUGAAUCCUUCCGUGAGGUCGGCACCGACUUGGAGCAGGCCAAGCGCCAGAACUUCUACUUUGGCGCUAAGCUGGUGCGCGGCGCCUACAUGGAACAGGAGCGGGCACGUGCUCAGGCCUUGGGCUAUUCCGAUCCCGUGAAUCCAAAUUACGAAGCCACCACAGAGAUGUACCACAAGACACUGACCGAGUGCUUGCGACGCAUCAAGCUCUUUAAGGAUAGCGGUGAGGAUGCCAAGAAGAUUGGCAUCAUGGUUGCCUCGCAUAACGAGGACACGGUGCGCUUCGCUAUUGAGAAGAUGAAGGAGAUCGGAAUCUCGCCAGAGGAUAAAGUGAUUUGUUUUGGUCAAUUGCUGGGCAUGUGUGAUUACAUCACAUUUCCCUUGGGUCAAGCCGGCUACUCGGCCUAUAAGUACAUACCGUACGGCCCAGUCGAGGAGGUGCUGCCCUACUUGUCGCGUCGUGCUCAGGAGAACAAGGGUGUGUUGAAGAAGAUUCAGAAGGAGAAACGUCUACUCGCUGCUGAGAUCCGUCGUCGUGCGUUCCGCGGUCAACUCUUCUACAAGCCGAAGGGCAACUAUGUGCCCAUCUAAGCGGUCUCUCUGACGAUAAUACCGACGAAGGCGGUCGAUGGUGUUGCACAUCGGGCACAGGCUGGUCGCUGGGCCAUUCAAAUGCAAAACAAUAAAAGAAAAUCAACUACACAACAACAACAAUAAUAACACCACGAACAAGAACAACAAUAACAGCAACCAUAACAACCAUAACAACAAAAAUCCUGUGAAACAUGCGCAAAGCAGCUUUUUGUUAUAUUCUAAAUGUUUUACUAAAUGUGCGUUUAAAUAUAUAAAAAUAUAUAUAUGACUAUAUAUAUAUAUAUAUAUACAUUCUUUUUGUAUGAACCAACCAAACGCAUGCGAAUAGUAUGAAAGAAAGAAAGAGAAGAAAAGAGUAGGUGAAAGGAAAAGCAAAAAGUCGAAUUGAAAUUUUUCUUAAAAUUGAUUAAAUUAUGUAAAAAUCAUUUUAUGUAUCGUUGCAAAUAUAAACAAAACAGUUACGUGUGUAUGUUGUAAAAACAAACGGCUAAUAUAAAUAAAUAAAUGAACAAUGUACAAGCGAUGUGCUUAGACAUACAAUAAGAACUUGUCAAGACCUGCCUGCAUGCGUACAUAAUUAACAUAAUUAUGUUUAUAGUUAUAAUAAUUAGCGGCCGGCGAUAGAAGAGCGCAGUUGUUAACGCAUUGGAAUCAAUUUCUAGCAUCUACUAUAGACACAUAUAUGAUAGUCGCGACACAUACGAUUACCGACGACACAUAACAUACAUAAUAUUAUAUAGCACACGAUAAAUAAUUAUGGCUGCGUUUUUAGUUUAGCUCAUGAUAUUAGUUUGCAAGUUGACACACACGUUGACGAUUGUUAGACUUUAGUCGAAACUUUAGGGCGCGCCUUUUUUUUUAUUAUCUAUCUAUAUAUACAUAUAUUUUUUCUUUUAUUUUGUUUUGUUUCUAUGCAAAUGUGAUUUGAUAUUUUUCUUAUGUUAAAAGAAUCUAUUUAUAUUUAUACUAUAUGUUUGAUUUAUAAAGCCCAACCUAGUCCGUUUGAUAAGACUAGGUUUUAAGCAACAAUAUGCGCUGGCUUGUUGGCAUUUGUUCCUCUCCAUGGGGCACACAACCCACAACUCUUUGUCUUUUUUGUUUUCGAAUGUUGUGUGUUCAAAUGGAGAACAGUUUGAGUUGAUUUUUAUUUAAUUUGUUUUAAUGCUAAUUUAUAAUUGAACUCUCUCUGUAUUUGUAUAUGUAAACAUACUAGAUACUAGAAUAUACGAUACGAUAUAAUGAAGCCAUUAUUAUAUGUAGUUCCAAGGCAUUUUCAUUAAUUUUGUUUAUAAUUUCAAUAAGAAUCUGAUGAAAUCCACCCAAAAGUUUUGGCAGCUGAAAUGGGACCCCCGAGCUCCUUCCCCAAACAAACACCAACGAUGUUUUGUUGAUUUUGUUUUUCGCACCUAACUGCAGAUGAUGAGAACAUUAUAUAGGUACAUAAUGAAUUCUAUAUGUGUGUACAAUUAUACAUAAACAAAUAAUUAUAUGAAUGUUAACUAUUUCAAUGACAAUAAUAAAAUGUUAAAGAAAAACGAAUGAGAAAUAUAAUAAAAAUCAACCGCAACUUCGGAUGCUCGAAGCUUUACAUAACCUUUC